GCUGAUUGAGUCACAUGACUCGGCUCUCUCAUGGCCAAACAAACACAGCUGACGGCAAGCGCAUUUUAAAAAAGGCAAACCCAAAUAAUGUGGAAUAUUCAAUAACACAUCUGAGGCCAGUAAUCUUUCUGUUCUGAAACAAAGCAGGUUAUUUAGCAUGCAUCCUUUUGGCCGUGAAGAAGAGACCUCCAGACGCGAGCUCUUCGGCUUCUUCACGCGGUGUUUGAAGCGCGGUGAGUGGGAGCUCGCGGCAGCCUGCGUGGGUCAGCUGGGCGAUGCGCGGGGAGAUGAUCCACAUAACCCUCACGACAUCGUUAAAGCCAUCGUUACCCACCCAUACCCGCUCAGGUGGGAAACAGUGGGCAGCCCUCACAGACUGGCCUGGUAUUGGCUUCAAGUUCUGGAAAAGCAGACUAAAAUAAAGGUGAGCGGGUCUGUGAAGAGAGAACUGGAGUUUAUGUUGCUUCUAGAGGAACUUGGAGAUCUGCCACAGUCUGUACUUGAGGAGCUGCAUGAAGCCUUCCUGUACUCUGAGCAAGUAAAGGGAAAGACUCCAGGUGAUUCCACCCCUCCACUGAGUGCUGCUGUUCUAUCCUGCCUCCGUUCUCUUUUAACCUGCCAGCAGCCGCGGCUCUGCCACUCUCUCAUCAGCUUCCUUCAGCACGCAGACCAUUCCAGAGACCACGCCUUACAGGAUGUCUUCAUCCAACACCUCACAGAGCGAGUGAACAUACCUGUGGAAGAGAGGAAUGAGGAAUGGGUGGAGGAGGUGUGUUCAGCACUGGCCUUAGCACCGUGGGGUGCGGAGAGGUCAAAUGCACAGCUUGAGACCCUGUGGGAGGGUUUGUGGUCAGCAAGAGAAGGUCCCAUGACGGAGGAGAGGAUUCUGGGAUGUCUGCUGAGGCCGCAGGGUCAGGCUCUGUUGAUGGCGUACAGCUCCACGGCACUCAGGCUACUCAAAGAGAAACUGCUGAGAGAAGCUCCACAUGCACAGGUUGACUUGCCUGAUCUGGAAAGGGUCAUGCUUGGCUUGUGCUGUCAUGGUGACAAGAGUUUGGUGUGGAAAGCCAUCUACUUUGAGUGUUUGAGCACGGGAAAGCACUUUCUGGAACAGGUCUUGCUCACUGGAUUAGAUCUCAUAAAGAGGGAGGAGUUUGCCAAACUAGAAACACUAUUGCAGGCUGAAUUUCAGCCUUUGUCCCGCCUCUUGUUGUUGUUGAGCUGGAUGCAUUGUCAAAGCCUGGAUUCUGCCAAGACCCUUCUUAGAGUCCUACAUCACCAACAGCCCCAGAUAAAUGAUUCAGUGUUGAGUGUGUUAGCUUGCACUCUGUCCUCUCAACUUGUUGUGCUGGAAUGGUGCGACCAGAACAACCCAGGGAUAUCCCAUGAUGCCUUGCUGAGUCACUUACACAUGCUGGACCAUCACUCUGCCCUGUAUGUGCUGCACUCCCUGACACCCCUCGCUAAAUACGAGGAGCACAGAGUUCUGGAACUGCUGCAGAGAACAGGUAUAAGACACGGGGGUCAUUUGAAUUCACACAGAUCUGAAGAAACUUUAAAUCUUUGUUCUACGUUUGUAGGAGAUCCUUCAUCAGUGGACUCACCCAGUAGCUCUGUCCAGCGGAACAUCAAUCUGUUUCGAGGCUUCUGUGCCAUGAAGUAUGCCCUCUACGCCAUCUGUGUGAAUGCACACAUGCACACCGGCUGCCUGGAUUGUGAGCCACUGCAUCAGCAGCAGACAGAGGCGGGUCAGGGGGAGGAGCCAACUGAAGGAUGCUCUGAUCUAUUCCAGCACUACCUAUCAGAAUGUCAGCUGUACCUGGAAGCUGUUCCAGCAUUAUUCCGUUUGGAGCUCUUGGAGAACAUUUUCUCUCUCCUCUUCCUUUCUGACACUGACUUCAGCCCACAAUCAGAUCAGAUCAGCACUGGCACAGAAACCCAACCAGACACAAACACAGAGAAAAGAAAACCGAACAGUACUAAAAGUAUGAGCACAGCUGAGAGCAUCUUAAGAGCAGAAAAGGAAAGUGGAAAAAUGGAAGAAUUGAAGGAAGAGAUCCAAAGCAGAGAGUCUGAUCAGAUAAACCCUGAGCUGGGCCACCUGACCUCAGGGUGUCGAGGGUUUCUGGUGGACUUGAGUGUUAUGGAGGGGAUUCUGCGGCUGGUGAGGGAGGGCUUGGAGGGCGUGUGUGGGGUGGUGCAGGAGGAUGGCAGGGUGCUUGUGUCCGAUGUGGAGUUGGCAGAGAGUCUUGGAUGUUCUGUUACCACGGAAACAUUCAGUGCCCGGUUACAAAGAUUGUCUAAAUACACAGCAGAAGCCCAAUGGAGAUUGCAGAUUGUUACUAGUAACCAUGGCAAUGGGAAUGAUGGCUUGUACCUCCCAUCACCUCUCCCCAGUCCGGCACUUCCUCUGAAAUGCCAGGGCAGCAACAACAGCAGUUCAGGUGUUUGUAAAAAGAGAAGAAACCAUCGGCAUCGCUCUGAACAUCAUGCCUCAUCCGAACGACAGAAUGGGGAGGUCAGCACCAGCACCUCAGAUGGAGGGGCGUGUGUUGGGGCUGUGCGCCGUGGGAGUGAUGUGUGUCCUUGUGGUGGACCGCAGAGCUGGCUGGUUCCUGCAAUGCUCUCCCCACCUGAGUCUCUCCUCAUCGCCUGCAUACGCAGAGGCAACUACAUAGAAGCCCAGCAGGUGAUUGCGAUGUAUGGCUUGGAGAACUCUGAGUGUGCAGGUGAACUGGUCUUUAUGGAUCGGUACCGGGAUGUUCUGACCGAGCUGGCUCAGGUGGAGCAGAAGAUAGAGAGCCAGUCACUUUCUUCGUCAUCCUCAUCUUCUGAGGGUCUGGGCACAGUGAGUGUUGCUCCGGCAGGCGGGACCAGAUUGGGCAGCAGCAGCAGAUUAACACUCCAAAGCAUUGGGAGUGCAGCAGCCGCAGGCAUGGUCUUUUAUUCUAUCUCUGAUGUGGCUGAACGUUUACUCAGUACCUUGAGCCAGCCGAUACCCUGUCUAGAGGACAAUUACUGGCUCUCCCAGUGCUCUGUAGACUCCCUAGACCUGGUGCGACCCCUGCUGGAAGAGUUGAGCCCUUCAGCUAUGGCGGCCUUUGACCUCGCCUGCUGUCAGUGCCAACUGUGGAAAACUUCAAGGCAGCUGCUCGAGACUGCCGAAAGAAGACUCAGCAGUUUUCUGGAGGCCAGAGGUGUACGAGUAGAUUCUAAGGUUCCUCAUGCCAGCGGUAUUAGAGGCUUCCCUUCAGUACUGCAACAAAUCAGCAAGGUCCUUAAUAGAACCUCCACCAUCAAAGGAACAAACUGUAAUGGAGAGGAGAAUGCUGUCUACAGCCCCUUUGGCUGUAGUGCCCAGGAAGUGCUGCUGUCUUGUAAUUCAACAUUAACAGAGGAGAGUAUCGCCUCCUGGCUAAACCUGAAUCAGUGCCUAGAGGUCACACUUCAAACCCUGACCUCUGCCACCAACACCUCAGUAGAUGGUCUGGUGGGGAGCUCUCUUCUGACAGCACUGGCUGAACAGGCUGGUCUUAAGCAGUCUGAACUCGCUUCCCACCCGGUGCGGACUGCUAUGAAACAACUCCUACAACAUCUGGACCAGCUCUGCCCGUUUGAGCCUGACAGCACCCCUGGCAGGCCAGAUUACAUACGCAACUUCCUUGAUUAUGUCAAUGUGUUGGCUUCAGUACUAGUGCGCAGUCUAUGGUCAGAGGAUCAGUCCACGGAAGUGAAACUUGGAAAUCCUCUUUUACUGUUGCUUCAGUCGCCUACCCAGCUUCUCUCUCUUCUGCUGUUUGACAGACAGGUGUCACCAGAUAGGGUCCUGUCUCUCCUGCAGCAAGAGCGGCUGCGUUUGAGUGUGCAACAGGUUGUAGUUCAGCGCUGCUGUGAAACUCUACCUCUUUGGGAUUCUAGGGCUGUGAGCUUUUCUCAGGGGCAGACAAGGAUUGCAGGGCUCAGCAGUGGGGCGUUCUGCCCAGCCAGCAUUGCCUCAAUUCUCCAGCAGUACACUCAGGAGUGUGCCCCUGCCCUUGACCUCUCUGAUCCUGCCGCAACCUCUGACCCCAGUUCUGAGUCUGAGGUCUCUGUGGAGGAUAUGUCUGCUACAUCCACCAACCUCUCCACUUCUCCGGCCUCGCUAUCUUCAUGCCCUCCUACUUGUUUUCUCCUCACUCCAUCUGCGCUGUCUUUCCUGAAGUCCCGUUCACCCCUCGUCGCCGCUCUGGCUUGCCUCAGUGCCAGUCAGGGUGGCGUGACCCGGGUAACCUCCUCUGGCUGGUCAGGCUAUUUUCGUGGAUCUGGACGUAAAGAGGUGGUUUUGGAUGGAGACCAGAUCUCAAAGGAAGGGGAAGCCCUACUUAAAAACUUCCCUAUCCUCAGAAUGUACCUACGGACCAUGGCUGAGCCAGUUCUAGGGGUCUCAUUGGAAGCAGAUGAGGGUCUUGGGGCGGCUCUCUGUGGGAAGCCUGUGAUGGGAAUGUUGUUUUCUGGCUCGCAAGGCAAUGUUGGACAAGCAAUGGCUGCUGAGGCUUUCCAGCAAGCCCUAAAUAUGGGUGAUUUGAACAGAGCCUUAGAACUCCUAGAGCUGUAUGCACAACCCUGCAGUCAGGAGGGGGCACUCCGGGACAAACUACUGGCAUGCACUGCACUGCAAGAAUGCAGCAGUGUGGAGCAGUUGUUUCGUGUAAGAGACUGGGAGCUGCGUGGACGUGUGGUUCUGCAGGGUUUGGACCGCUGGCCUUUACAACAGUGUUUGGAGCUGCUGCAAUUCUGUCUCAGUGACCAGAACACUCAGGAUCCCCUCCGAGAACAGCUUCAGCAGAGGAAACACGAGCUGGACAUGUACCAGCGGAUGCUGAGUUUGCAGCCAGCUUUGUCAUGGGAGAUGUGGCAGGAGUUGAGGGAGGAGUCUACAAAGAAUCCUGAAUCUGUAUUCAGUCUAAUGCUGGAGGCCAGGGAGUUUGAGUUGUGUACCCAGUGGGUGCAGAUGUAUUCAGUCUCUGAUCAGUCUCGAAUGCAGCUGCAGACCGAAUACCUGCUAUACCUCCUAGAACAGAAUCACAAAGAAGAUGCUUUCCAGCUCUUGGAGGCUCUCUCUGAUUCUUUGGGUUUGGAGGUUAGUGAGCGAGCCCUGGACCGAAAACCUGGAUUAGCUGCCUGCCACUUCCUGUCAGACUACCUCACACUACACUUCCAGAGUCAGAUGACCCCAGCGCGAAGGCGACACAUCAAUGCCCUUCACCUUGGCUCCAAGGUUCUACUGACUCUGCCCGAAGCAUCUCGUCAGGACUAUUUUCCCCUGCUGUCUGAUCCGCUUCUCAUGCUGGAGCAGCUGCUGAUGAAUCUGAAGGUAGACUGGGCCACUAUUGCCGUUAGCACUCUACGGAGCCUUCUGCCAGCUCAGGACGCCGGCAUCACCCACCAACACAUUGACACCUUACUGGCAGAGUAUGCCCAGAAGGCUCUUGAUUUUCCUUAUGCACCAAGAGAGUGGUCACGUUCUGACUCUGUCAUUAGUCUGCAGGAUGCAUUUCUGCAGUGUCCAGCCCAGGAGAGUUGCCCCUCUUCUCCAAGCCACACCCCUCAUCUAUCUGCAGGCAGCACACCCAUACACACACCUUCCAGGGAGAGACACCCUAGUGGGAAGAAGAUCCGGCAGCUGGCCACACCUUUCACCCCUCCGGAGAAAACCCCUGAUCGCAAAGACUGGAUCCCAGACCACAAACAGCACAUCUGUAUGGUCUGCCAGAGGGAGAGAUUCACCAUGUUUAACAGACGGCACCACUGCAGACGCUGUGGCAGGCUGGUGUGUCAUUCCUGCUCCAGCAGGAAGAUGGUUGUAGAGGGCUCUGAAGAGCCUGUCAGAGUCUGUGACCAGUGCUACAACUUCUUCCACACAGACUCAGAUGAGAAGUUCGAACAGGGGGAAGUUGGCAGCCCUGCAUCUGUUGAUGGAGUCCUAAAUGGGGUUCUCAGUCUGCCUGAAGUUCCACAAAAGCAGUACCGCUUGAGUCCAAACCAAGUAGAGAACCAGCAGCUGAAGAGCGAAUUCUACUAUGAACAGGCACCCAGCGCAUCACUGUGUGUCGCUAUACUGACGCUACACAGUGAUCACGCAUCCUGCGGUCAACAGCUGAUUGGCCACUGCCGCUCACUCUCUCGCAAACUGACCAAUCCUGAGGUGGAUGCACGUCUGUUGACAGACGUGAUGCGUCAGCUGCUGUUCAGUGCCAAACUUAUGUUCGUAAAUGCAGGAUGCACCCAUGAGCCAGCACUCUGUGACAGUUAUAUCAGUAAGGUGGAUGUGUUGAAGAUCCUAGUCAGUGCAAACUACAAAUAUAUUCCGUCUCUGGACGAUAUUCAGGAAACGACUGCAGUGACACGUCUGCGCAACCAGCUACUAGAGGCAGAAUACUACCAGCUGGCUGUGGAGGUGUCGACUAAGAGUGGACUAGACCCGAACGGCGUUUGGCAGGCGUGGGGUAUGGCCUCUUUGAAGGCUGGAAAUCUGAGUAGGGCUAGGGAGAAAUUUGCCCGCUGUCUAAAGGCACCAGUAGAUCGGAACCAGCUAAACCAUGGAGUGAGACUUCUGCAGGAGAUCGUUCAGCACCUGGAGUCCACAGUCAACCCCACUCUGAGAACGACUGUGGAUGAGGACAUCCUGGCCUCUUUGCGUGAGCUGGAAGAGGCUCUCUCUGAUUCUGCUCCUCUAGAUGGAGCAGAGAGCAGAGUUCAGCAGUGCGGCUAUUAUCAGGAGUGUCUGUUUUACCUGCUCUCUUAUGGCACACACCUAAGCCUCAUCAGCUUUUACCUGCGUCACGACUGCCUGAGAGACGCACUCACCCACUUACACAAAAAGGAGUGUUCAGAGGAUGUGUUUCUUGAGGGCAUCUUUCAGCCCUGUCUUGAACGUGGGGGGUUGGGAGCUUUGCAGGGUCUUUUAGAAACUCUGGACUCCACGCUGGAGACCUGGGGCCGUUACCUUCUUUCAGCCUGCCAGUUACUGCAGCGCAGGGGACACUACCACUCUCUGUACCAACUCCAGCAGUUCAUGAUGGAUCACGUUCGUGCCGCUAUGACCUGUAUCCGCUUCUUUUCUCAUGGUGCUCAGUCAUACCUGCAGCUGGGAGAACAGCAGCGCUGGCUGAUUCAAGCCAAAGAGCACCUGAGAACUUACCUCCAGGAACAACAGAGCCGCAGGAAAUCACACAGCUCCUCUUUCAGGAAGAAAAUGAGCUCCACUGAUGUCUCCAGGCACAUACACACAAUUGAGCUGCAGUUGGAAGUGACACGCUUCUUACAGCGCUGUGAAAGCUCACCAUCCAAGAAAGCUGUAGGUCCUGCCCUCACAGGGAAGAGUGCCCCACCCACUCUGUUUGGAAACAGCCCCAUGAAGGUGGACGUGGCCUGCAAGGUGAUGCUGGGAGGCAAGAACGUUGAGGAAGGUUUUGGCAUUGCAUAUCGAGUAAUACAGGACUUCCAGCUGGAGGCACUGGCGUUGUACAUACGGGUCGGACAGCGCCUUGUCCGGCAGCGUCAGUACUCUUCUGUGCAGCAGCUCCUGAAGUGUGUAGGGGAGUCUGGGACGGCCUCUAAACAUGACUGUGAUGCUAUUGUGCUCAGCUGUGUCUCAGUGGCUGAGAAGAGUCCAGCUGAUGCUAAAGAACUAGAGGCCCUGAUUCUGGAGUCUAAGAAUCCAGAGAACAAGAUAAAGGCAUAUCUUCAGUGCAGUAAGCUGCGGGCAGCGUAUCUCCAGGCUGUGAAGCUUGAGCUUGUGAAGGCUGCUCCAUUUGUACAGGAUGUGAUGCGGGCCGCUGAGAGCUCAGGUGACUCUGUCAUGCAUGACAUAUGCCGCCAAUGGCUCUCGGAGCAUCAGGAACAAUCGACACGGCAACGACACAGCAAUAACUGAUAACCACUACCAAGUCCUAUUGUGGACUCUAAUUCCUAUUGGUCACUGGUAUCCUGCUGUGCUCUGAUUGGCUAGAGUGAAAUAAUGUGCCAGGAAAUGAAUCACUGUUGUGCCACUUUUAUAACAACGUCUGUUCGCAUUCAAGCUCAGUUUGGGACAAGUUCAAAUCCCAUUCCAGAACAAAAACCUUAUCCACUGAAGGCCUCUCAAUCUACCAGUCCCCAACAGAAAGAAAACUUCUCAGGUUAACUUUCCAGUGGUCAGAGACCGAAUUUUACAAUUAAGACAACAUUCACAUCUGUGCACUUUAGUGUGUGACUGGUUCUGUUCUCUUACUUCAGGAAAGGGAUUUUUCUAUUCCUCUUUGUCAAAAAGAAUUAUCCCUGUGACUAAAUCUCAUCCUGAUGGAACGAGGUCAGUGGUCAUAUGGCAGUGAAGUUAUCUGGAGU